UCCCAGGCUCGCAGGCCCGGGCUCCGCGGCUCUUUUGUUUCCCAGCCGCCGACGGAGCCCCUGUCGACGCAGGAGCGCAGACGCGCGCGAGUCGGAGCCGGACCCGCGUCGGAGUCGGAGUCGGAGUCGGAGUCGGAGUCGGUUCGAAUUGUCAGCGUCGCAAGGGCGCCGCGGCGGACGCCGAGGGAGCGCGCCGCCCGGCCCGCGGCCCGCGGGGCUGGGACCCGGCCCGGGCCUGCCCGAUGGGGUGCGCGGCCCCGGCGAGGCGCCCGCGCCCGGCCCCGCGUCCCCGGCUCCGCGCGCGCGUUCGGGCCGCGGCCCGCGCCUCCGCCUGAGCCCCGCGCGGCCCGGCCCGCCGCCCCGCGGCCCGCUCCCGCUCCCGCGGCCCGCGCUCGCCAUGGAGCCCGGCCGCGGCGGCACGGAGACCGUGGGCAGGUUCGAGUUCUCCCGCAAGGACCUGAUCGGCCACGGCGCCUUCGCGGUGGUCUUCAAGGGCCGCCACCGCGAGAAGCAUGACCUGGAGGUUGCAGUUAAGUGCAUUAACAAGAAGAACCUGGCCAAGUCCCAGACACUGCUGGGGAAGGAAAUAAAAAUACUCAAGGAACUGAAGCAUGAAAACAUCGUGGCCCUGUACGACUUCCAGGAAAUGGCCAAUUCUGUCUACCUGGUCAUGGAGUACUGUAAUGGCGGGGACCUGGCUGACUACCUGCACACCAUGCGGACCCUGAGCGAAGACACCAUCAGGCUCUUCCUGCAGCAGAUUGCGGGUGCCAUGCGACUGCUGCACAGCAAGGGCAUCAUCCACCGUGACCUCAAGCCCCAGAAUAUCCUGCUGUCAAACCCUGGAGGGCGCCGUGCCAACCCCAACCAUAUCCGCGUCAAGAUCGCUGACUUCGGGUUCGCCCGGUACCUCCAGAGCAACAUGAUGGCAGCCACGCUCUGCGGCUCCCCCAUGUAUAUGGCCCCCGAAGUCAUCAUGUCCCAGCACUACGACGGGAAGGCAGACCUGUGGAGCAUCGGCACCAUCCUGUACCAGUGCCUGACGGGCAAGGCCCCCUUCCAGGCCAGCAGCCCGCAGGACCUGCGCCUGUUCUACGAGAAGAACAAGACUCUGGUGCCUGUCAUCCCCCGGGAGACCUCGGCACCCCUGCGGCAGCUGCUGCUGGCUCUGCUGCAGCGCAACCACAAAGACCGCAUGGACUUCGAGGAGUUUUUCCAUCACCCCUUCUUGGAUGCCAGUGCCUCCAUCAAGAAGUCCCCGCCGGUGCCUGUGCCCUCCUACCCAAGCUCAGGGUCUGGCAGCAGCUCCAGCAGCAGCUGUACUUCUCAUCUGGCCUCCCCGCCGUCCUUGGGGGAGAUGCCACACCUGCAGAGGACGCUCACAUCCCCAGCAGACACAGCCGGCUUCCUACAUGGCUCCCGGGACUCUGCUGGCAGCAGCAAGGAUUCCUGCGACACAGACGACUUCGUCAUGGUCCCAGCCCAGUUUCCAGGUGACCUGGUAGCUGAGGUGCCCAGUGCCAAGCCCCCGCCGGAUAGUCUGCUGUGCAGCGGGAGCUCCCUGGUGGCCUCUGCCGGCCUGGAGAACCACGGCCGGACCCCAUCUCCCUCUCCCACCUGCAGCAGCUCCCCCAGCCCCUCUGGCCGGUGCGGGGCCUCGGUGCCCAUCCCAGUCCCUACCCAGGUGCACAACUACCGGCGCAUCGAGCAGAACCUGCACUCCCCUGCCCCACCCCAGACGCCCCGAUCCUCUGCCAUCCGCAGGUCAGGCAGCACCAGCCCCCUGGGUUUUGCCCGAGCCAGCCCAUCUCCUCCGUCCCACCCCGAGGGAGCUGUCCUAGCUAGGAAGCUGUCCCUGGGUGGGGGCCGGCCCUACGUGCCGUCACCACAAGUUGGAACCAUUCCUGAGCGGCCAGGCUGGAGCAGGGUACCCUCCCCACAAGGAGCUGAGAUGCGGGCUGGCAGGUCCCCGCGUCCAGGCUCUUCUGUGCCUGAGCACUCCCCCCGGACCCCUGGGCUUGGCUGCCGUCUGCACAGUGCCCCCAACCUGUCCGACCUGCACGUUGUCCGGCCCAAGCUCCCCAAGCCCCCUACAGACCCCCUGGGAGCGGCUUUCAGCCCACCGCAGGCCAGCCCUGCCCAGCCCGCCCCUGCUCCGCAGCCCUGCCGGUCCCUGCGGGGCUCGCCUAAGCUGCCCGACUUCCUGCAGCGGAAUCCCCUGCCCCCCAUCCUGGGCUCUCCCACCAAGGCCAUGCCCUCCUUCGACUUCCCCAAGGCCCCCAGCUCCCAGAACCUGCUGGCCCUCCUGGCCCGGCAGGGCGUGGUGAUGACACCCCCACGGAAUCGGACGCUGCCCGAUCUCUCAGAGGUGGGGCCCUUUCAGGGACAGCAGCUGGGCUCUGGCCUGCGUCCUGCCGAGGACAACAGGGGCCCCUUUGGCCGGUCCUUCAGCACCAGCCGCCUCACUGACCUGCUGCUUAAGGCUGCGUUUGGGACCCAGGCCUCGGACUCUGGCAGCACAGACAGCCUGCAGGAGAAGCCCAUGGAGAUUGCACCCUCUGCUGGCUUCGGAGGGAACCUGCAUGCAGGAGCCCGAGCUGGGGGAGCCAGCAGUCCAUCCCCUGUGGUCUUCACCGUGGGUUCUCCCCCCAGCGGGACCACACCGCCCCAGGGACCCCGCACCAGGAUGUUCUCAGUGGGCUCUGCCGGCUCCUCCUCUGCCCGGCACCUGCUGCCCGGGGCCUGUGGCGAGGCUGUCCCUGAGCUCCCUGCCCCAGGCCACUGCUGCAGCUUUGCUGACCCCCUCUCUACCAACCUGGAGGGGGCUGUGACCUUCGAGGCCCCUGAUCUCCCCGAGGAGACGCUCAUGGAGCAGGAGCACACGGAGACCCUGCACGGCCUGCGCUUCACACUGGCCUUCGUGCAGCUUGUCCUGGAGAUCGCUGCUCUCAAGGGCAGCGCCAGCGAGGUGGCCGGGGGCCCCGAAUGCCAGCUUCAGGAGAGGGUGGUGGCCGACCAGAUCAGCCUGCUGAGCCGCGAGUGGGGCUUCGCCGAGCAGCUGGUGCUGUACCUGAAGGUGGCCGAGCUGCUGUCCUCGGGCCUGCAGACCGCUAUUGACCAGAUCCGGGCCGGCAAGCUCUGCCUCUCAUCCACUGUGAAGCAGGUGGUUCGCAAACUCAAUGAGCUGUAUAAGGCCAGCGUGGUGUCCUGUCAGGGCCUGAGCCUGCGGCUGCAGCGCUUCUUCCUGGACAAGCAGCGACUGCUGGACGGCAUCCAUGGCGUCACCGCUGAGAGACUCAUCCUCAGCCACGCUGUGCAGAUGGUGCAGUCGGCUGCCCUGGAUGAGAUGUUCCAGCACCGAGAGGGCUGCGUGCCGCGCUACCACAAGGCCCUACUGCUGCUGGAGGGGCUGCAGCGCAUGCUCACGGACCAGGCUGAUGUCGAGAGCGUGGCCAAGUGCAAGCUGUGCAUCGAGAGAAGGCUCUCAGCCCUGUUGACUGGCAUCUGCGCCUGACCCCCUGCCUCGCGUGCUGUGCCCGAGGGGCUGGAUCCUCUGCAAACCCUGUGGGGUGGGGUCCACGUGCUGGCCAGACUGUCGGGACAGGCCUGCCAGCCGUGGCUGAUGGAUGGUGCUGAGUCUGUGCUGCAGGCCCCUGGCAGGGCCACUAGGUGGAGCCAUGGAGUUCAAGCCCUACAGCGUGGUGUGUCUCCUGCUUCCCAGGCUGCUGGUGUUUGCUGGAGGCGGACUACAGGGUGCCAGGGACGGCUCCCUCCCUCUGCAGGAUUUCCAAGCUUGUUCCCUGUGGCUGCCUCCCACAACGGGCACAGGCGCCGAGAGGUGGCAGGUGGUGUGUGUGGUACCUGCUACCCUCUGAAGCCCAGGGCAGCCCUGAGGACAGGCAGAGCCCUGAGACAGCAUUGAUGUGUCCAUGCCAAAGCAAGCUCUUCCUCAGGGCUCACUGCCCAGUCGCUUGCCCAGGAACAGGGGUGUGUCCUCUGGUCUCCACUUGUCUCUAUAGGAACUGUCCCUCUGAGACCACCCACCCAGCUUUGUGAAUCACCUGAGCACUUUAUGCCGACAGACUGGAGAGCUGCAGUGGACAGUGCCGACUGCUCAAACCACCUCCUGCUCUUGGGUGUCGUGCACAUGGACAUGCGUGUACACUCGGACACGUGUGUACACUCGGGUGUCGUAUAUAUGCGAACAGACCGUGAGGUGUAUGUGCACGGCCUUCCAGCUCUUGGUUUGGUCCUGGAGGACAACAGAAUGCUCCCUCCAGGGAGAUGCUGUUCUGGUAUUGAAAUGCGCCUUUCGGGACAGUGUGAAGCACUGAGCUUCCCGGACUCAGAACCGAUGUACUCUUCCACACUUUACUCCUAAAAUGUGUCUUAUUUUUCUGCA